AUGCUCCCCCUCGUCCUCGCUCCGCUCCUGUUGGCGCUGGCGCACGCCGCGCCCGUCGAGCCGGCGACGCACACGCUCAAUAAGCGCUGGAAUACCUGCUCGGGGUACAAUGUCGCCGGGUGCCCGUUCGCCUCGGCGGGCGAGCACGGCGCCGUCGCGACCGAGAUCGGCACGUGCUCUGCUAUCGGCGUGCAGGCGCUCAAGGACGGCGGGAGCGCCGCUGAUGCCAUCAUCGCUGCCUCGCUCUGCGUAGGCGUUAUCUCCAACUGGCACUCUGGUAUCGGAGGCGGCGGAUUCCUCAUCAACCGCUUCACCAACAAGGACGGCUCGAAGGGGUACGAGCAGAUCGACUUCCGCGAGACGGCCCCGGCAGGCAGCAACGAGACCAUGUACUCGCAGUACGGCGUCAACCAGACCAAGUCGACCAAGGGCGGUCUGGCGGUCGGUGUGCCGGGCGAGAUCAGGGCCUGGGAAGCCCUGCACAAGCGCCACGGAAAGCUGCCGUGGAAGCGCCUGUUCGAGCCGUCUAUCGACAUUGCGCGCCACGGCUUCCCGGUGAACUAUGACCUCGCGACUGUCUUGACGCCCGCGUACCCUUUCCUCACCUCCGACCCGAUCUGGGCAGAGCAGUUCGCGCCGAACGGCACGCUGCUGAAGCAAGGCGACUACGUGUACCGCCACCGCCUGGCGGACGCGUUGACGAUCAUUGCCAAGAAGGGCCCCGACGCGUUCUACCACGGCCGUAUUGCCAAGAACAUCGUCAAGGCCGCCCAGGCGCAGGGCGGCAUCAUCACCCUCAAGGAUUUGGCAGGGUACAAGGUCAACGUCAAGAACACGUCUGUGGUCGAGUACCGCGGCAAGCGCAUCUACUCGACCACGGCGCCCAGCAGCGGUGUGGUGGUGCUCUCGACGCUCAAGAUCUUCGAGGGCUUCCCGGACGGCGGGGCGGCGGAUGACUCGCCGGCGAUCAACCUGACGACGCACUACCUCGUCGAAGCCGACAAGCUCGGCUACGGCCAGCGCGCGACCCUCGGCGACCCGGCCUUCACGGCCAACGUGACGGCCCUCGAGGCGAGCUACCUCACCGAGCCGGUCAUCAAGGCGGCCCGCGCGCGCAUCCACGCCAACACGACCUUCCCGCCGCCGUACUACAACCCGGACAACUACUUCCCCUCGCGCGAGGGCGGCACGAGCCACCUCGCCGCGGUCGACAAGGACGGUAACGCGGUCAGCCUGACGACGACGGUGAACCUGAUCUGGGGAUCGGGUGUUAUCACCGAGGACGGCAUCGUGCUCAACAACGAGAUGGACGACUUCUCGUCCCCCGGCCAGGUGAACGCGUUCGGCUUUCCCGCCAACCCGAUCAACUUUAUCAAGCCCGGCAAGCGGCCCCAGUCGUCGAUUGCGUCCAGCCUCGUCGAGGACGAGCACGGCAACCUCGUCUUCGUGACCGGCUCGGCUGGCGGCUCGCGCAUCAUCACGGCGACGCUGCAGCAGCUGCACAACUAUGUGGACAAGGGUCUGAACGCUACGGGCAGCACGUACCAUCCCCGCUGGCACGACCAGCUCAGCGGCAAGACCUUCUUCGACUACGACGACCCCUCGCGCCCGAUCCCGCUCAAGGGCUACGACAACGGCACAGUCGCGUACUUCACCAGCCUGGGCUACAACAUCACGUACCAGUCGCCGUUCGGCUCGAGCACGUCGCAUGCGAUCAGCAAGCUCCCCAACGGCCAGUGGCUUGCGGCGGCGGACCCGCGCCGCCCGACCGGCUGGGGGCAGGCGUACUAGGUCAUGUGGUACGUGGUUGUGCUUAUCGCGGAAUGUGUGCGCUUGUUGCGCACGGACAUUGAAUGGUAAAAGCCGAGAUAUAAUCAUAGGCAUGAAUGAAUGGUUGC